UAUUUGUGAUACUACUCCAUUUUCUAUCUGCAGCAUUCUCCACUACUUUCUCUGCCCCUAAUCUACUCAUCUCUCCUUCUUAUGGCCUCCUCUCCCUCUGCUGCACCUCCACCUGAUCAAGAACAACAACAACAACAACAACAACCACAGCUUCCGCCCCUUCACUACACGACAUGGGUUUUGAAAGUUUCUAUCCACUGUCCAGGCUGCAAGAGAAAAGUCAAGAAAGUCUUGCAAAGCAUUGAAGGUGUUUAUACAAUAGAUAUUGAUCCACAGCAGCAAAGAGUCAUAGUAACUGGAAAUGUUGAUGCAGAGACUUUGAUAAGGAAACUAGUGAAGAAUGGAAGGAGUGCUGAGUUAUGGCCAGAGCCAAAACCUUUAAUAAAAGAGAAGAAACCGAAGCAAAACGAAAACAGUGACGACGAUGAACAAGAAGAAGAUGAUGAAAAUAAUGAAAAAACAGCUGAAAAUUCCGAAGCAAACAUGAGAAAUAAUGGUCCUCAAAGACAUGGUGUGAGAUUUGGUGGGGUUGAGACUAUUACGUUGGAUGUAAAAGAAGUAAGACAAGAUGACAGGUCGGCGCCGGAGAAUGUUGCCGCUGUUGAGAAGUACCCGGCGGCGGAACAAAAGGCCGGCGGUGGCGGAGGGCAAGGUGGUGCUAAGAAGAAGAAGAAAAAGAAAAAGAAGAAGAGUGGGAAUAGUAACUCAAAUGCGACUGCAGGGUCUAAUGGUGCACCGCCAAGCAGUGAAUCAGAAGUGGCGAAAAUGGGUCCCGGUCAAGUGAUUGAUCAAGCAAAUCCAGGCCACUCAUUUCAGCAUCCUUAUUCUAACCCGUACGAUCAGAAUCCGCCGGGUUAUUGUGUUCCUCAUCAGAGUUAUGUGGUUAGUUACAAUGCAGCACACCCUACCAUAAGCGCUGCACCAUCAUAUUACUAUGUUCCAUCCUCGCCGUACAUGCACUCUGAUUUAUAUUCCAAGCAAUCUGCGCCGUUGGAGUCUUUUGAGAUCUUGAGUGACGAGAACCCUCAUGCCUGCUAUAUCAUGUGAUCAUACUGCUGAAAGAUAAUGUGGCAUAUUGAGCUAGUAUGAGAAUUUUGGCAAGAAUUAGAGUUUCAUUUGCAGUUGCAUUUUACUUUAAUUUAGAUUUAACAUGUAUGUAAUAGGAUCGUAUCAUUUCUCGAUUUUGACGUUAUAUCAUGACUAAUAAACAUAUUGUAGAAUGUAAUAUGCUACGUCUAAUAUGUAGUAAUUGCAUACUACUACUGGUA